AUGGCAUCCUGUGUACAUGAAAGCCUGUGGAGACAGCAUGAGCUCUGGCAGUAUGAAGAUGAUGGAGGAUUGAAACCAUGGGAGAGACGAAGCAAAAAGAAGAAGAAACACCUGAAAGUGGAAACCCAGGAUGUUCAAGUUGAACUGGAGGUGCCACAGCUGUGCCACUUCAUGCUGAGGACAAUGCAUUGCUCCCUGAGGGAGACAUUUGGUGUUGACACUGAGGGGAGGGCCAUGCUGAAGAAGUCAAAGAACUCUGAGGACUUUGCAAAUGCCAUGUCCAAGCAUGAGCUAAAAUUCAGCAUUCAGGAUGGAACAAAAGUCAAGCUGUAUCCAGAGAAGGAUGAACCUCUGAAUGUACUGAAUCUCAAGAGAGGGAUCAUCUCAGCUCUACUUGUGCCAACAGAAACAGUAGAAAACGUAAAAACAAUUUCAAUGGAUACUGUAUAUGGAAAGUGUGACAGUGAAGUUGAAUUCAAAUCUAGAAAAGGAAAUGUUGCAGAAGAUAUUUCGAUUAACAGGGACCUGAAAGCCUGUGACAACUUCAGUCCCAUCAGAGAUUAUGUCAGCCCUAUUGCCAUUGUAAAGGGACUAAACAUGCCAUUAUCUACCCUUCUAAAGAGCACUCAGUUCUGUCAUUACAACAUUGAUGCAAAGAAAAGGCAUAUAAGAGAUGUUGUCUGUAGUGAAAGACACCUGUUUCUGCCUUCCUCAUACCGAAAUCGCUAUGGUGUGAUGACAGAGGUCAACCAGACACUGAAGCUUGAAGAUACCCCAAAGAUCAACAACAGAAAUUUUGAUGGAGAUGAACUGGAAGAGAAGGGACUUGCACUGGAAAGUACAGAUGCCAAAUUUCCCAGGCAGGGGGAUGCUGUUCUGAAAAUCCUUCAGGAAUUGCAGAUACUUACAGCCUCCCAGCAGAACCAGCAGAGAGCAAGACUCUUUUACAGAUUUGUUUCUGGACUGAGAAGUUUACAUAACACCACUCUUGGCUCUCUUGUACCAAAGAUGAUGGAAACUUCAAGUUCCAUCACAGUUCAGGCCCUGACUCAGUGUGGGACUCCAGAGUGCUAUGGCGCAGUCCUUCAAAUCCUGAGAACUGGAAACGUGAAUCCGCUUGUGGUAGACCUGGUCACAUAUACCCUGGGACUAUUGCCUUCUCCAACUCCAAAAAGAAUACGGGAAAUUCUGAACAUGGCCCAGUAUCAGCCAAGUAGAGCUACUUUUUAUGGCUUGAGUCAUUCUGUUACUAAAUUCUACAAUGAAAAGGUGAUUGUGACAGAGGAAAUAAUAGAUGUUGCAGACUUCAUGGUAUCACUGCUUGGCACUGAUUGUUCUGGGGAAGAUGAACUCACAUACCUCACACUUCGGGCUAUUGGAAACAUGGGUGCAGUAAUGGAGAAAGCUAAACCCAACGUGAAAUCUUUUCUAAAGACAUGUAUCAGAAACGAAGCUGCAUCGCUUUCAGUUCAGAAAGCAGCCAUCCAGGCAUUCAGGAAAAUGACUAUUACUGAAGAGGACCAUUCAGCACUUCUGAAAGCAUUCCAAGAAGGGGAUGCACCUACAGACAAACGUCUAGCAGCCUAUCUCAUACUGAUGAAAAAUCCUUCCCCAAGUGAUCUCACAAAGAUUUUGAGAGUCCUCACAAAGGAGAAGAACGAGCAAGUGAAAAGCUUUAUUGCCUCACACAUUGCCAACAUCCUAGAAUCUGAAGAAGUAGGCAUUGAAGGUCUAAAAAGCCAAGUUGAAGAAGCUCUGAAAGGAAACCAUGUUCCAACAGCCAAAGAUUUCAGAAAAUUCUCACAAAAUUAUCAGAUUUCCAAAACAGUUUCUGUACCUGGAAUUGAUCCCAUCUCUGCCAAAGUAGAAGGAAAUAUCAUGUUUGAUCCAAACGGCUAUGUUCCUAAAGAGACUAUGCUAAAAACCACCCUGAAUGUUUAUGGAUUUGCCCCAAGCGAUAUCUUUGAGCUUGGCUUGGAUGGAAAAGGGUUUGAACCAACACUGGAAGCUUUGUUUGGAGAGAAGGGAUUUUUCCCAGACACGGCGAGCAAGGCCUUGUACUGGGUUAAUGGCAGAGUGCCAGAGAAGGUUUCCAAGGUGCUUUUCGACUAUUUUGGUUACUCCCAGGAUGCCAAGCAGGAUCAGGAUAUCAUGAAAGGAAUAAUGCUUAACCUUGAAAAAUUGAUAAAAUAAUUCAG